AUGGCAACCUCCUCCGGUGAGCCUCUUGCCGAAAGAGCACGGGUGGAUGGUUCAGAUGCUGAAGCCAAGCUGAAAAAGGCAGAGGAAGAUUAUGCAGAGGCGAAGAAAGUUCUUGACGAGAAAGAGCAAAAGUUGGAGACCGCAUUCAAUGCACAGCACCGGGACAACGACCUCAUUCGGUUCCUGGAGAAGAGCGUCGAGAGCGCAGCGAAGAGCAGGGAGAGCGCAGAGAAAGACAAAGAGUUCGCCCAAAAGAUGCUUUUACAGUCAAAGUCGCAACCAGAGGAGAUGGAGGAGCUGAGGCAGAGGUUGAAAGAACUCGAAAAGCACUUGUCCGCUGACACGUCCGCAGUAAGGUCAAGCCAUGGAGAGGGCGCCCAGGAGUUGUCCCCUGACACUAAGCAACUCUGUCGAGACACAUACCGUUGUUGUGCCUUCUGUGGUUUGGACGAAGGCUUGAGCGUGGCCCACCUCGCAACGAAGCAGAAGGGUUUUGCAAAGUCUCCAAAAGGUCGGCGAUAUUCCACCGACUUCGAGUUCGAUGGCGUGCGCAAUACCAUUCGUUUGUGCCACGGGUUCGCAGGGUCAUGCCACUCAAUGCUUGAUUGCUUUCGAAUAGCACUUCUGCCGCCGCUUCUGGACUCCGCUGACUGGGCUAUUGUUUGUUUGAAAGAUUCUGGCUGGCACAUGCAAGAGGAGCAGACGAUACAGUGGUCAUUCGACAACAAGUUCGGAAAAAUCACGCCCGCAAUUAGAAUCGGAGACUUGAAACCAGCUUAUCGGCCAUACAGGCGGGUCUUGGCAGGUAGAUACCGCUGUUUUCUCAAAGAGGCUAAGGAAAUCCGUCCAUAUGUGCUUUCACGUAUUUGGGCCACAGCCGAGCUUUCUUCCCGUGCGAGCGAGGAAGAAGAAGAAGUAGAAGAACUGAAAAGCCAGCCCGCAAAGCGGAG